AUGGCUGCUCCAGACCUCCUUUGGGAAUGCGUGAAGAACAACUCGGCGUUCAUCCGCAAGAACAAGAAUGUUCCCACCAUGACCGCUGAGCCAGGAAACUUGACUGGCUUGAACUCCUUCAAGUACAGUUCGCUGGCUGCCAAGCAGGUCUUGGGUUUGGAUGCCAAGAAGGUGGGCAAGAAGGAGUCCAUUGUCCUCACCACCCGCAGCAAGAGGGCGAGCAGGCAGCAGCGGCCUGGCACAGUGUUGACCACCACAGGAAUCAAGAAAGGCAAGAAGAAGGGCCCUGAGCAGCUGAAGAAGAUCAUUGCAGCGACCUACAACCGUCCAGAGUUGCUGGAGAUGGCCUUGGUCAAGUACAGCAAGAUCAAGCGGUCCUUCAAGAAGAAGGUGGCCCUGCAGCCCGCGCCUCGAACAAGCGUCGUCAUACCUCGAGGAAGGGCGAGAGACGAGACUCAAGAGCAUCCUCCUUCUGAAAGGUCGGUUCGCGGCCGGAAGUGA